AUGAUUGACAAGAUAGAAGCCACACUGAAUCGCCUGGUAGCGUUUUCAUCGGAGACGUCAUCGCUAGAUGAUGCUGUGGAGCUGCGGAACAUUGCUACCGCUCUCGAAGCGGCGGAUGACAUCCCCGUUCUGACGGAGACGUGCAUGUCACUUUGCGUUGAUUUGGUGGAAAACUCGCCGCCUCAUGCCGCCACUGUGCGGUCUGUCCUGACGCUAUUGGCGCGAUGCUGCAUGCGUGAGGAAAACAGAAGAUUGGCAGCUCGCUUUGGCGUUUUUGGUUUAUGUGUCCUUGUUCUUCGAGAUCACAAUAGUCUGUCAACAGACACACUCUUUGCAACCUUCGAUCUGAUCGGAACGCUUGCUAUGAAUGAUGGCAAUUCACGCCGAAUGAUGCGCCCGUCCAUUCCAUACGUUGUUGAGGUCAUGGAGAAGCAUGCGGACUCGCUACAGUUAGCUUUUGGAGGUGCUGUAGUGAUUGGUACGCUAACGAUGCUCGAUAAUGCUAAUGCCGUAUUGGCUGCAGAGCACGGCUGUAUCCAGCUUCUCAUCUCCUCGUUUGUACAGGCGCACAAGCGAAAGAAACAACUUCUCUGUCAUCGUACCUCCAAUCUUUCCCGGAGCAAGCGUGACGAUGAGGUGCUGCUCUGCGACAACGUGAUUCGCUGGACACGUGAUGCGUUGCUGAAGCUUGUCCAGGCCCCUGCACCCAUCAUCGAUGAGAAGCUGGGUGCCGCCGACUUCGGAAGCUACGGCGCCAGCGUGGAGGUAGACGAGCUCACGUGGCAGCUAAGGUUCGACCGGCGGAGGGUGAAGGCAAGCACGCCGUGA